CCUGCCUGUGACAAGUAUCGUUUGCCUGGGUGUCCAAGGGACUACAAUCCAGUUUGUGGGACUGAUGGAGAGACCUACGGAAACGAGUGUGUGCUCUGCCUUUACAACAG